AGAAAUCUGACAUGCCGAGGUUCCCAUCAUAGGAGCCUCUUAAGUGACUUCAUCUAUUUGUUCAUCUUGAGGUUUCGUAGACGAUAGAUCCUGGAAAAUAUAUCUACAAAACACAGGAAUAUUUUCUAUCACGUAUACUGCGAGUGUCACUAGAUACUCAUGAUAGCAUCAAGUCAUAAUGCUGACAGACCUGUCGUUUAUUCAUAUUGCAGUGGCCAGUGUAUCAUCGCUGGUUUUCAUUGUAGUCUACUAUGCCGUCCAAUGGACAAGACACGAGAUUAGGAUUAGAAGGACAGGUGGCACGCGUGCGCAUACUCUUGCAAAUGAUCCCAUCACGGCGAUGGCGUGGUUCUACGCUGCGGCCAAAGCGCAGAGGAAUCACCAGCUCUUGAAGCAUUUCGAUAGUUUUUUCGACUCGGCACCUCCCGAAUGCCCGAAUUGCGUUGAGAUCCGAUUCUUGCCGACGGAGAGAAACAUACUUACGAGGGAUCCGGAGCAUGUUAAGGUAGUGCUCACGACCCAAUUCUCUGACUUUGGAAAAGGGGAAAAGUUCCACGAUCUAUGGCGGCCUUUCCUUGGUGAUUCCAUAUUCACGACUGACGGCCAGCUUUGGCAUGAUAGCCGCGGCCUGAUCAGGCCGAUGUUCAUCAAAGACAGGGUCAGCGAUUUAGCAACGUUCGAGAGAUGGGUGUCCAUACUCCUUGCCAUACUUCCCCCCUCAGGACAGACGGUGAAUAUUAUGGACCUCCUCUACCGAAUGACGCUCGAUGUGACUACAGACUUCCUCCUCGGGGCGAGUGUUGACAGUCUUCGCAAUCCCAAGGGCGAGUUUGUAAAAGCAUUCAACGAUGUGCAAAGGAUCCAGAUGAUGCUCACAACAGUUGGACCAUUCAGAUCCUUAAUUUCCCGUCGUGCUUAUAACGACGGAAUCAAGACGAUAGAGCAAUUUAUCAUGCCGUACAUCGAACAAGCGUUGGCGCUACCACAAGAAGAAUUAGAGAAGCUGUCGAACUCUGACAAGCACUUUACUUUCCUGCACAGCAUUGCACAUUAUACACGCAACCGUCAGGUAAUCCGUGACCAGAUCAUCGCCGUGCUCCUAGCCGGGCGCGACACGACAGCCGCAACACUAUCGUGGGCGUUCUACGAAUUAUCCCACUAUCCCGAGAAGUACAAUAAACUUCGUAACGAGAUCAUCGACUCCGUCGGUCGAACGCGAACCCCCACAUACGAUGACCUCAAGAAUAUGACGUAUUUGCGACACACCCUAAACGAGACCUUGCGAUUAUAUCCCGCCGUGCCUUUCAACAUACGCACCGCGUUGGAGGACACGACACUCCCGAACGGCCCGGGUAAUCCGCCCAUCGCGGUUGUGAAAGGCGAUGUCGUGGUUUAUAGCUCCCUCGCGAUGCACCGCCGAAAGGAUUUGUACCCCCCAGCAUCAGAGAAAUUCGAAAACCCUGCUGUCUUCUCGCCCGAGAGAUGGGAGAACUGGACGCCGAAACCGUGGCAAUACUUGCCUUUCAACGGUGGUCCGCGUAUCUGCGUAGGACAGAAUUUUGCCAUGACUGAAAUGGCCUACUGCAUGGUACGAAUCCUUCAGAAGUACGAGCGCAUCGAAUACCAUGGAGACUGGCACGCGCAACUGAUCGAGACGGAGAUCGUCGGAAAACCGAAUAAAGGUGUUAACGUUGGGUUAUACGAAGAGCCCGUUAAGCAGUUUGAAAUCUAGGACCACCUAGCUGAGGUCUCGGAGAAGGAUGUAUUUUGUUUUUCAUGUUGUAAUAGUAUGUUGGUCAUGACUGAUAGCACAUCCCACUCCUUAGAGGAUUAUAAAUAGUCACUUGUAUUGUAUGUACAUUGCAUCCUAUCCCUGGAAUGAAUGAGUUGAUAUGAGCUUAAGAUUUUGAGAAAUACACAAUUGAUGAGACUAAGACGAGGCUAGGCAUGUAGGUACUAAGUAGCUAAACUUGUUAGAUGAUAGCUGUUUGAUCAGUGAUUAAUUAAAAAUGUUUGAGUUGAAAA